CGACUCCAGGAUCGUGCAAAGGAUCCAACGAUUGUGAACUGGUUAGAGGAACUUUGGGAUGAUGCUGCAUACUUGAAGUAUCGCGACUCAGUCGUUGUGAAUGUUUCAUACUUUUAUGGUUUCGAACCACAUCCGGCUCUACCCCAAACUCCAAUUAAGUUAGCGGCUGCAUUGACGCGUUCUGCGCUCCUAUUUAGAAAAUCUUUCAAGCAGGGUAAGAUAGAGCCCGAUGCUGUGAAAGAUGGUGUGUUAUGUAUGGACUCUUGGAGGUGGAUGUUCGAUGCUUGUCGCGUCCCCGGACUUGGUGGAAAGGACUUCAGAACGGUCGUGUUCAUCCGGAAGAAUAAAUUCUGGAAAGUCGAUGCUUCAGUUGAUCAUCGCUUGCUCAGCACUGCUGAGUGGGAGAGGCAAAUCCAGCACAUUUAUGAUAACUCGAUGACUGAGUACCCUCCAGUAGGUAUUUUGACAUCGAACAACCGGGAUACAUGGGCCAAGGACUAUGAUUUACUUUCCGCGUCGGAACGAAAUAAGCGCAUCUUGAACGAAAUCGAGUCCAGCGCUUUCGUUGUCUGUUUGGACAGUGAGAAACCUGAAACAGACGGUGGUGAAUUGGGUAACAGAUGGGUCGACAAACCCGUCCAGUUCAUUGUCUGGGAUAAUGCGAAAGCAGGCAUUAUGGGCGAACACUCCGUUAUGGAUGGCACUCCUACUGCCGUAAUGUCCGGUAGCGUUGUCGCUGCCAUCAAGAAGCAGGACUUCGACCACGGGAGCCCGUCCAUUUCAGCAAAUCUCUCGUUCCCACAAUCUCUUGACUUUGAGGUCGAUACAGAAAUCGACGCAUCAAUCACAAUUGCCACCAACGCAGCCAGGGUGCUCAUCAACUCUCACAUCUUAUCAUUUCUGCGCACUUCAUACGGAAAACGUCAAAUCAAAGUGUUUGGCUUCUCACCAGACACUUGCAUACCAUCGGCUCAUCGGUGGCCGGGGAAACUGAAUGGUGGGACGUAUGAGGCUGCCACCACGAGGAAAUUCCAACACGGACGUACGGAGACAAUUCGGGUUGUCAGUGAGGAGUCCGUCAAGUGGUGCGAAAGCAUAGAUUCUGGGAGCGUGGAUAGGGAAGAGGUGAAAGCGCUCUUCAAGGAAGCCUGCCAUGCCCAUAGGGCCUGUGCUCGUGAGGCUGGGAAUGCCCAGGGCGUUGACCGUGUGAUAUUCGGGAUGCAGCAGAUGCGUCGUCCUGGUGAGGAAGUACCCGAGUUAUUUACAGACAAUCUGUUUCAACGAUCGAAACACUGGGUCCUCAGUACAUCAGCUAUUUACAAUCCUAAUUUCCGUGUGUACGGAUGGGGAGAAGUCGUUCCGGACGGGUUUGGUGUGGCGUACGUCGCUGGUUUCGAUGAGUUCCUACAGUUCACGGUCACCUCCAGGAAGGAUAUGCCGAACCACAGGUUCACGGAAGAAAUCGAUCGAGCUGCAGAAGACCUACGAGCGUUGUUUCAAGAUGAAGGUAUCGCUACGUCAAAGCUGUGACAACCCUGCGAGCAUUGCAGACCUGUCUAGUGAAAGCAUUUUAAUUAUUCUAUGUAGGGGAGAUAUGUGGUGUAAUCUGAAUAAUACUGUCACAGCACUUGAGCAACUCGAG